CAGAAUUCCCUUCAAUAUACACAACACUCCAAGUCUAUGACUAGGACCUACAAGCAAACUUUCUCGUUAAUUAGUAUAAAAUUUCUGGUGAAUCAAAAUAGCACUGUUCUUUGGCUUUGCAAACCAUGAUUCUAAUGGAGUUUCUCUCGUGCUUCGUGGUUUCAACAAUUAUAUGCCAAGCUAUGGCCUUGGAAACUCGUCCUGGAUCAGAACUUGAAGUGCUUAGUCAAGAAUUGUUGGAAUCUGCAAGACAGCCUGAGUUUUUUGAAUGGAUGAGAGGGAUUAGGAGGAGAAUUCACGAGCACCCAGAGCUGGGAUUUGAAGAGCACAAGACCAAUGAACUAAUCAGGAAUGAGUUAGACUCACUUGGGAUCAGCUACAAAUGGCCUGUUGCUAAGACUGGCGUGGUUGGUUCUAUUGGGUCUGGUGCAAAUCCAGUUUUCGCCCUCAGAGCAGACAUGGAUGCCCUUCCUUUGCAGGAAUUAGUGGAGUGGAAGCACAAGAGCAAAGUUGAUGGGAAGAUGCACGCCUGUGGUCAUGAUUCCCAUGUAGCAAUGCUACUUGGAGCAGCCAAGUUACUUCAGAGCAGAAGAGAUUUAUUGAAGGGAACGGUGAAGCUAGUUUUUCAACCUGGUGAAGAGGGUUAUUCAGGUGCUUACCAUAUGUUGCAAGAUGAAGUCCUAGAUGAUAUUAACGCGAUCCUCAGUAUACAUGUUUUGCCAUCAGUGCCCACCGGUGCUAUUGCUUCAAGGCCUGGUCCAAUGCUUGCCGGUGUUGGGCAGUUUUCAGCUACGAUUCAGGGAAAAGGAGCACAUGCAUCAAGCCCCCAUUUGAGUAAGGACCCAAUUGUUGCAGCUUGUUCUGCUGUCAUUGCUCUCCAACAGAUUGUCUCUAGAGAGACAGAUCCCCUCAAGGGCAUGGUGGUAACAGUUGGUUCAAUAGAGGGAGGUCGAGCUGGCAAUGUAAUCCCCGAAUCUGUGAGAUUCACUGGAACAUAUAGGAGCUUGUCCACUGAAGGUCUUUCCUACCUCCAAAAAAGGAUAAAGGAGGUCAUAGAAAUGCAAGCAGCUGUGCAUCAGUGCGGUGGUACGGUGGACUUUAUGGAAGACAAACCUAUGCCUCAUCCAGUAAUGGUCAAUGACGAAACAUUGUUCGAACAUGCGAAAAAGGUGGGCAAGACUCUUGUUGGAGAAAACAACGUUCAUCUCCUCCCCAUAUCCAUGGCAGCAGAAGACUUCAGUUUCUUUGCACAGAAGACUGCAGCUGCAAUUUAUGUGAUUGGGAUAAAGAAUGAGACCCUGAAAUCAGAUCAGCCAUUGCACUCACCUUACUUUUUUAUUGAUGAAGAGGCUCUUCCUAUUGGAGCGGCUCUCAAUGCUGCCGUGGCAGUAUCAUAUCUGGAUAGCCAUGUUGCAACUAAUUGAGAGCUCUGACAACAAUGUGAACAUUGCAAUACAUAAUAAGAAGCAUUAUGGUUAGCAUUGUGAUGCAGAUUCAAGGAAAAGGGCGAGUUAUCUAUUUAUCUUUCUAAUAGUUACUAUAUGGUCUUGAUACUUUUUGUUCGAGGAAAUCC